AUGCGGAAGAGUUCGACAGGGUCUGUCCAGGAAUUGGCGACGCGGUUGGCGGGGCGCUUGAAAAGGGCGGCGCAGCGGAAGACGGCAGACGACGUCCGCAGGAGGAACCACUUCGCGCGGGCAUGCGGAGAACUUGAGAUUCCAAAGCGAAAAGGCAUUGAACUCGAGGAAGCGGAGCAGCACAAGGCAGAGCGGGCCGCGGCGCCCUUUUUUUUGUUUCUCGUUCCGACCGUGGCGGGCGCCUUUCUGAUUGCCACCGCUCGCCUCCCUCCCCUGCCUCUUGCCUUUCCACAGUCCUUCCCGCGUGCGUCUUCUCACCCCCCACCCAGUUGCCGAGGGCAGGUGUGCGGCGUCUCGCCUGGGGCCUUUUCCCGCCGCUGCGGGGAGGUGGCGGUGGGGUGUGCGCCCACCCGCGCCGGGGGUUGGCGCGGAGCGGCGGAGGCGCUUGGGCGUUGCGGGGCGCCAAGGCGUCGUACUCGCACGAGUCCCAGCGCGGGGCGGCGCACAAAACCGUUACGUGCAGCAGCGGCAGCGGCGGGGCACGUGGCGGCAACCCACGCCCCACGCCACGGGCCCGCUUGCUUUUUCAGGUGGCGCUGGAGCCGUUGA